CUCUCCGCAGAUCAGUCAUACAGAGGAGGGAAGUACAUCGUCAACAACUUCAAGCAUAUACCUGAGGUCGCCAAAAGGCUUACGGAAACUGGGACUACUUGCCGCUUCGGUGUGAUCAACGUUUGGCAGCCUGUCUCGCCUGUCACACGAGACGCGUUGGCUCUGUGCGACCGCCGGACGGUCGACGAGCAGGACCUCAGGCCGUGGCAGUCUCACCCCGAUCCAACACAGUGGGACCCCAAGCUACCUCUCCCGCUUUCAGAGAUCUGGAGGCCCAUGUACAAUCCAAAACACAAGUGGUACUACGCGAGCGAGCUACAAACGGAUGAGGCCUUGCUCAUCAAGUGCUUUGAUACAAAGCUUGAUGAGCACUCGAGAGCAGUGCCGCAUAGUGCGUUCCGGACACCAUUGGACCAUGGUCCGCCACGAGAGAGCGUCGAAUUUCGGUGUCUCGCCUUUUGGGAU